AUGGCUAAACGCAACAUCCUCCUCAUGAUCGCCGAUGAUCUGGGAAAACAACUUGGCUGUUACGGGAAUAGCAAGAUUCAAACCCCAAACCUGGACAAGCUAGCCUCCGAGGGAACGAAGUUCGAUCAGGCUUUUACAUCAACUGCUUCUUGCAGUGCCAGUCGCUCCGUCGUCUAUACUGGCCUGCACACUCACCAAAAUGGGCAAUAUGGCCUGCACAAUGGCCGACACCAUUUCACGACCUUCGACCAUGUCGAGACUGCACCUGCUCUCUUCUCAAAACACGGGUACUCCACUGGCUUGAUUGGAAAGCUCCAUGUUGGUCCGUCGAAUGUUUACCCAUGGGAGAUGUGCGCAGAGAGUGAUAGUCGUGAUGUGGCAGCAGUUGCUGAUCAGGCUUCCGCAUUCUUUGACAAGUCUCGUGCAGACGACAAGCCAUUCUUCUUGACUGUCGCGUUCAUUGAUCCGCACCGGGACUGGACCCGUUCUGGAUUUGGGAAUGAUGGCGAAUAUGAUGCACGUGUGAAGAAGGUCGAUUACUCCCCGGACGACGUGGAAGUUCCACCAUUUGUCAAUGAUCUGCCCGGUGUGCGCUAUGAAUUUGCGGAAUAUUACAAGUCUAUCUCCCGAUUGGAUCAAGGUGUCGGUAUGGUGCUAGAGGGACUGAAGAAUUCCGGGCUAGAGGAUGAUACUCUAGUCAUCUUCCUAAGUGACAAUGGGCCUCCGUUCAUCAACUCCAAAACAACCCUCUAUGACGCCGGUGUCAGUCUACCAUUGAUCAUGAAAUGCCCUGGCUCAGCUGCUGGCAUCACCAACCCAAACAUGGUUUCAUAUAUCGAUAUUCUGCCUACACUUCUCGAUUAUGCCAAGCAUCCUAGCCCCGAGCACCCAGACCGGAUCGGCCGUUCGAUCCUCCCAAUUCUCAGUGAAGCAUCCCCCCUCGAGGACUGGGGGCAGGUCUUUGGAUCGCACACAUUCCACGAGGCCACCAAUUACUGGCCUACGCGCAUGAUGCGCAACCGUCGAUACAAGUACCACCGCAACAUCGCCUGGCGACUAGAUUUUCCCUUCGCUGCUGACAUCUACGGCUCAUUGACAUGGGAGGAGAUUCGAAAUGCCGAUACCAGUCCUAAGAUGAUUGGGUCCAGGCCUUUGAAGGAUUACUUCUUCCGUCCAGCUGAAGAACUUUAUGAUAUUCAAGCGGAUCCAAACGAGAUUCGCAAUCUUGCAAAGGACCCCGAGUAUCAGACCAUUCUCGAGGAGAUGAGGACUACUCUGGAGCAGUGGCAGCGCCGGACGGAAGACGCUUGGCUGUACCGGGAUGGUGUUUCCUUGCUCUUCGUCAGGCAUCAUUUUGAAGGUGGAUUGGAGGUACCGGAUCGUUGGGACUUUGAUGUUGCUGCGCCUGAGAGCAAGGGGCAGCCUAAAUUUAACGGGGAGCUGCCCUGGGGAGUCGCUGCGCAGUGA